AAUGAAUUAGCUGCGAUCACACUGAGCUUUCCCCACGGCUUCAGAAACGGGCCCAUCUCUCGCGAGGAAGGACGCCAUUAUCGGAAUCUCUACAAACAACACGAGAAUUCGUCAUUCACACGCUGUAAACAAUGUCACAGCAAGAGUUGGAAGAUAUUGUGCAAAUAACAGUGGAGGACUUCAACCAAGAUGACCGUGCAGACAUCCUGGACAAUAAUGAAGACAUUGAAGAAAGGCCUCAGAAGAAAAAGAGGAAAUUAUUCAGCAGUCAGGAGAAUAGCAACAGUAACCAAGACAUAACAUUUAUUAAGAGCAUGUUGGUGUCAUUCAGUGCAUCAAUUGGCCAGCGACUGGAGGCAAUUGAAUCCAAGUUACAGAGCCUUGAUGCAACCUGUAAGGCCAUUGGGCGUAAAUUGGAUAGCAUGUUUCCAUCUGUGAAAAGUCCAAUCCAAGUUCCUAUGGUAGCAGGAUCACCUCAAGGUGUCACUCAGACCUGGAACAAAGUGCGCUGUGUUGUUCCACAAACCAAUGUGAUAGUUAGCAGUGACCAACCAAAGGGUUCUGGCCAAGAGGACAAUCCACUAGAGAACUUGCUCAGCAACACAGUGAACAAGAGGCGGCAAAACACAAUCCUAGUAAAGGUGCCCGGCCCUGAGGAGAGUCAGGAAGACCAAGAUAGUGGAUCAGAUGCCAGUGACACCGUUUCCAAUGGAGGCAACUCCAGCAGUGCACAAAAUACCCAAAAUGUUACACUCAUCACGCUCAACUCAGAAGAUGACUACCCAGCAGGAACAUGGUUGGGAGAUGAAAACAACCCAGAGAUGAGAGUUCGAUGCCCAGUGUCACCAGCUGACAUGCUCCAUAUCACCACAAACUGUCGCACGGCAGAGAAGAUGGCAUUAACAUUGCUGGAUUACCUGUUUCAUCGGGAGGUCCAGGCCAUGUCAAACCUCUCUGGACUGGGCAAACAUGGCAAGAAGCAACUGGACCCACUGAUGAUCUACGGCAUUCGCUGUCACUUGUUCCACAAAUUUGGCAUCUCCGAGUCAGACUGGUACCGCAUCAAGCAAAGCAUUGACUCCAAGUGUCGCACUGCAUGGAGACGCAAGCAACGUGGACAGAGUCUCGCUGUAAAGAGCUUCUCCAAACGCACACCUCGUACUCAAGCUGCAGAGGAAGGCAUUGAAGGAGAAACAGCCCACAUUGAGGCUUCAGCCCAGCAGACCGUGCACUACACCCUGGCCAAUCAGCAGGUCCAAAUCCAUCGUAUUGGUGAAGAUGGACAAGUACAGGUGAUUCCACAGGGUCAGUUGCACAUUGCCCAGGUGCCACAACGAGAAGAGAUGCAGAUAACGCAGGACAGUGAGGGAAACCUUCAGAUCCACCAAGUGCAUGUUGGUCAGGAUGGACAGGGAAACCUCCAGAUUCACCAGGUCCAGUUUGGCCCAGAGGGACAGGUGCUGCGUGGGGCUCAGCUGAUUGCGGUGGCAUCAACUGACACUGGAGGCACAGCAGUGGAAGGAUCCACACUCCCACCUGAUAUCCAAGUACAGUACGUCCAACUAGCACCUGUCGCAGAUCACACUGGUGCCGUACAGGAUGCUGAGCUGGCUCCAGCCCUGCAAGCAGACUUGGAGGUGAAAGAGGCCAUACAGGGCACCAUUCAAGGAGAAAGCGGCGAGGUGGUCCAGAUUGUCACCUCUGUGGCUACCUGAGAGCUCUCCUGGACUCAGCAUGUGUUCUACAACAUGACAGUGAUUCUCCUUUGGCCAGCAAAGGCAUAAGAUGAGAUAGAAGAGGAUUUUUUUUUUGGUCUUCUCCUCUGCAACUGUUUGUUUCAUUUCCAACGAGAUGUCAUAUUGUGAGAAUGUUCACAGAGUGACUUGAAAAGAUCAUGAUUCUCGAAGAUCAACUAUGGCCCACUGCAGAAAACAGUGGGAUUAAACACCUUAUGAGGAGAGGAUGCCGUUAAGGCAGACCAUCAGUCUGCCACUUCAUGAGCAAUAUACAUAAACUUGUUUACAUCAGCUUAAAAAAAAAAAAAAAAAAAAAAAAAAAAAAAAGAAUUAUGUGGAGUUAAGCUACUUGGCUAACCCUGAAACCCCGUGAGGGUUUGCAAAACCCCCGCAUUUGACCUUUUUAAAAAAGAAAUUGUUCUCAUUGUAGUUUUUCCUCUUCAUGUUUGAGUCCUGGGAAAGGAGAUGGAGUUGAGGACAGCUACUUUUUUGGGGGGGGAAUGAGGUUUCCUGUCAAGCUGUAUGAUUCAGUAACAUCCACUUAAUUCAGUUUGUCCACACAUUGCUUAUUUUGUCUGAUUUAUAAUUGUAACAUCAAAAAUUUGGUGAGGCUUUAAUUUUGGAGGCAGAUGACUUUGAAAUAGAAGAGGCGGUCCCAGAAUUUAGUUGUAGAAUACAAAGGAUGUUGAUACCCCCCCCCCCCCCCCCCCCCCCCAACUCCUAUCUGCGAUUGCUGCAUUUAUGUGAAGAAAACAUGUUUAUGGUUGCCAUAAAUGUUUUUAUUUUUGUUUGUUACUAUAUAUUUUUGUUAUUUUCAUCAAACAUCUGUCAUUUUUAAGGAUUCUCCGGAAGAACACUCACUUUUAUCCACUAGUAUACAAAUAAUGAAUGUUUACGAGUGCAAUGGUAAGAGUAUUUCAUGAGGUGAAAGGUGGAAUGUUGGCUCCGCCUCGGUGAAUGGAACAUUCCAUCUUUCACCAAAUGAAAUAUUCUUGUCAUUGCAUGGAUGAAAAAAACAUUGAUUAUUUGCUUUAUAUAACUGGUAACAUAGAUCCUUGUCAUUUCAUAUUUUAUUAAUUUAGAAACAACAGAAAAUGGACUUAAAUUUUGGUGUUCCACUGGUGCUUAACAGUCAAACAUGAACUGGAGUCCAAAAUUGCGAUGAUGUAGUCUGUGAUACCGUGCACUGACUUCAUAUACUUCCAGAAAGAAAAAAAAAAAAAAGACUGUGUGUGGUUCCUCAGUCCAAAAAUCACGACAGAAAUUUGUCCAGCUUUUCAUCCAGCUUUUCUUCAUGCCUCCAGGCGGCUUAGUGGAUUAGUUUUUUUGUGUUAGAAGAUAUAACAGUGUCAGUUAGCUCCUUCAAAUUGUUGUCCUCCAGCAAAACAAACUCCACUAUGUUUUGCUAAAUGCCACCCCAGUAGUGUGAGCAUGCGUGGAAGUGCAAUAGCACAUUUCAUAUAGCACCAAAAUUGCACGCUAUAAAAAGAGCCAUUGCAUGGUCUAUGAAACACAACAGCAAAUGUUAUGAAUAAUCCACAUCAUGUGACAUACAAACUACCAAUCAAAUGACAAGGAUCUAUUCAGGGGUUAUAUAACAACAGAUACGACAUAAGCACUUGAAAUAAUAAUUUGGUUGGAGGUCUUGUUUCAUAUUGAGCUGAUAUAUUUACAUUUGCUGAUAUAAAUAUAUGCAUAAUGGCUCUCAGGGGAGACCAUUGUAUUGGACAAAAAUGUAACAAAAUAAGGUUUGUUCUGUUGGCUGUUGGGCCAGUCACAACACUUUAUAAAAGAAUCAGAGUUAGUGUGAUGUCCACUGUGCGGUCAUGUUUUAUUUUCAGUCAGGCUGCGCAAUAUUGUUGUGAGUGAUGCUCCAGUAACAACUUUUUUUGCGCUAAGCAAGAGGGAAAAAAGAGAGGAAAAAAAUAGGUAUCGUGAGGUUCUGUGAGAGUUUGGGGAAUUUUCCCAUGAGUAGCAUGAUUUAAUAGUGUAUUUUGGAGUGUUUGAAAGAACCAAGUAACAAAAGGAACUUGAUAAAACAACAGCCACAGUUUUGGCUGCUUACUCUUGU